GAAAAAAGGUAGAAAAUGUCCUUAAAAGACUUUUAGAUUUUAUAAGAACUAGGUAUAAUAUAUAAUUAAGUUAGGUGAGGGAGCGUACUCGAAAGUAUAUAAAGUAAGGAGAAUAGCAGAUGGAUUAGAAUAUGCUUUAAAGAAAGUGAAACUACAAUCAUUAUCAGACAAAGAAAAAUAAAACGCUUUGAAUGAAGUUAGAAUAUUAGCAAGUGUGAGACAUGCAAAUGUGAUUUAAUAUAAGGAGGCCUUUUUGGAAGAGGUAUCUUAGAGUUUAUGGUAAAAUGUAUAUUUCUAAAUAGUAUUGUGAUGGAGUAUGCAGAUGAUGGAGAUUUAUUUCAAAAGAUAGUUGAAUGUUAGAAAAAAGGAAUGUUAAUGGCUGAGAAGGAUAUUUGGAACCACUUUACAUAAGUAAUUCAUUUAUCUAUUUUAAGAUAGUCAAGGGAUUGAAGGCAUUACACGAUAUGAAGAUAUAUCAUAGAGAUUUAAAAUCAGCAAAUGUUUUUAUGAAUGUAGAUGGAACUGUUAAGUUAGGAGAUAUGAAUGUAUCUAAAGUGGCUAAAAAAAUACUAUUAUACACUUAAACUGGCACACCAUAUUAUGCAUCUCCAGAAGUAUGGAAGGAUUAACCUUAUGAUUCUAAAUCUGAUAUUUGGUCAUUAGGUUGUGUUCUUUAUGAAAUGACUACAUUGAAACCUCCAUUCAGAGCAGAAGACAUGAAUGGACUUUAUAAGAAAGUUGUGAGAGGCUACUAUCCAAAAAUACCAACAAUUUAUAGUUAAGAUCUAAGCAAUGUUAUUAGAGCUUUACUUUAAGUCUAACCUCAUUUAAGACCAUCUUGUGAUAAAAUCUUAUAAUUAUCUGCUGUUGUUAAUAGAAUGGAUGAUAAGGUUUUAAUUGAAGAAGAAGGUGCUAAAUUCUUAUUGUAAACUAUCAGAGUACCUAGAGUUAUGCAUUAUUUAACUGAUAGAUUACCUAAACCUAAUUAUGCACCAAUUAAAAUGAUGAGAAUAGAUAAAAAUUAAUUUAUACAAACUUUAGCUGUUUAAAAAUCAAAUUAAGAAAAUGUUGAAGAUCCUUUAACUAAUUCAAAUAUAGAACAUUUACCAAGAAUCGGUCGUAGAUUAGAUGAUUCAUAAAUCUAAUCUUAUGAUGCUUCCUCUGUUAUUAGUAAAAAAUAAAAUAAAAAUGAUGAAUCAUAUAUGUAACCUAAACAAUCUCUUGAAAUUUCAUCUUAAGGUACUAAAAAUACUGAAAAAUUAAAUCUAAUUCAUUAAAUUUAUGCUGGAAAUCCUGUUAAAGCUGUCAAAAAAAAUAAAAAACCUAUUAAACCAGAAAUAUAAAUAUUACAACAAAAAUUAGUAUAAAAGAAACUAGAUAUUGAAGGAGAACCUAAACCUUUACUUAUUAAAAAGUAUGUUAACUUUUAUCAUUUUAAAGUGUCAAACAUCAAUUAGAUGAAAAAUCUCCGUCUCCUUUUUUACCUGCUCUUCCUGCCAUUUCUAAAGAAAAAAAAAUCAUGAAAGAUAGCAAUGAAGAUGAAUAACUUAAAAGAAUUAAAUAAACUGAAGAAUAGAUAUAAUUGCUUAAAGAAAAAUAAUUAAAAUAAAAAAGAAAAUAUUAACUUAGAAAUUCAGAGAAAUGA